AUGUCGCAGAAGGAGUUUGCUUCGUUUGUUGUGGAUUGUGAAAUUCUGACGAAAAAAGAGACUGGUUUCAUGACGAAACACUACGUUGGUGUCGGUUUAGAGUCUUCUUUACCAUUCAUGCAUUCCCCUAGACAGCGUAGAACUUGGCUUUCGCAUCGAGUUUACAGAUUUGCAAUGCAUAGCGGAACCUUUCUAAAUGGCUUGAGCUACCGCCAUAAUCGUAAAGAUGCCCUCAACCUUACUGUCAGUAAACUUGUUACAUUACAAGGAGUGCAGCAUUUUGGUAGUGAAGGUGGUAAAUACAAAGUUUCAUUAGAAGUAAAGAAUGCAGGAAGUGGUUUUGCUCUGGUAAAACAAACAGGCACGUAUUCCUCCGAGAAAGAUGAGACAGAUGUUUACUAUGGAUUUGAUGUCAUGUUUGACCACCCAGUUUGUCUUGAGCGGGGUAAAAGGUAUGAAAUUGCAUCUCUCAUCAAGGGCCCACCAUCUUGGUAUGUUACUGCUGGGACAGAAUCUGGCGAGGUUCAAGGAAUCCAGUUUUCAUUUAGCAAUUCAGGUGCUUUUCAUGGUAAUGGAACUUCUGGCCAACAAGGCCAGUUUCCUGCACUUAUUUUCAGCACAAUGUAGUUUUUAAAAUUCUUUAAUGAUGAUAUUGCAUUUGUUGAUCGUUUGAGGUACUUGGCAACAUGCAAUUUAAGGAAAAAACCUAAUCCAGCAAGCUAGAAUCUUUUUAGGAAUAAAGCAUACUCCACUCUACCAGAGCUUCUAAUGCUUCCUUAAUUCCCAGACUAGCUACCACCUGUUGUUAGGGUGCUUGCAGAAUUCAAGCCAUAGCCAUAGCCAUGCAGGAAUGAUUUGAAAAUACAGUUGAACUUCUCCACAAUGGCCACCUUGGGAACAGACGAAAAUGGCUGCUGUAGAGAAUUUUAAACAAGAUUCGCAAUGUAUGGACUGUCCACCGAAAAGGCAGCACUUGUACAGAUGCAGCAGUUGGUGGAGGUUCGACUUUAGAGACUGUUAGACCCGAGCAUAAUCGCAUGUUAGUUCUCAGCCGUCACUGAAGUAAGACUACGAACUCCCUACACGGUUUAUUACUGACGUAAAAGUAGUAAAGAGUAAAAUAAAUCAAAAAUAAGAGAAACAAAUGUUUUUGACUGAUUAAAAUUCUCAAGAAAAUCGAUCUAAAAAUAAACUGGUCUAACUUUGAUAAUGUGGUUGCAUCACACGAACCGAGUUGCUCGUUCCAGGUUAUGGGCUCCUUGUGACUACGACCAAUUCUUUCUUCUUUUUCACAGUUAGCAGGGUGGCACCCUUACAAGGAAACCAUUGCAGUAUCAUAUUUUUCUUCUCAGACUUUUCCCCUUUUGCAGCGUAGUAUUUAAGGGUAAAGAAUCCCAAAAAUUGAUGACCGAAGCAGUAGCCUCAUGGUCAAAAUAACUGGAUCACUUUAUUGGAUUCUGUUGGCCCUUUCUCCUUUACCAUUACGAAGUUGAAAAACGGUUGGUGGGUUUUUUCCAACCUUUCCCUUAGUCUACCAGAGUUGCUGACUGUAAGCAACCUGUGCGGAACACUUUUUACUAUUUACCAUCUUUCAUUCUUUCAUUAUAUAUCCUUUUAUUGAUCAAAUUACCCUCCUUAUGACCAUGCAGGAGCACUGAUGGCCACCGAGGUGGUGGGUUUUCACUGGCAGAAGGAUUCAUGGGGAUCACUGAUGCUGCCACUUCAAAGAUUCCUCAAGAAAGAUGCACUACAUGUAACCGAGUGUUGAGCUCUCCUGGGUGUAGGGCAAUGUGCAUAGCUCCUGGAGGCUGUGGUGGGAGAUGUAAAGACAAUAACUGGAAGAUGGCUUUAGAUGACGGACCUUGUUGUUAUCAUAUUUGUGAAAACUGCUUUGCUCGACUACGAGGAUCUUGAGGGGUACCUGAAUGGGUUUCACUUUUGUGUGUUACUUGCCCAUUUUUAUAGUAUCAGUUGUUAAUAAAGCAAACAGCAGGUUCGGUGUAAAAUUAAAUGAUACAGAAACUUUAACUCAGCGUUCCCUGUUUGGUGUUCAAAUUUUAGUGUUUAGGGGUUAUAAAGUGCAAUUAAAAUUAAGUGCUACAAAACCCAGAGUUUAAAGUGUCAUUUAAGGCCGUUAGCCUCCGGGGUACCCUGGCUCCAGAGGUUCGUUCUCAAAAAACCUAAUAUAAAAUAAACCGUGCUUUUUUUUUUUCUCGGUACUUGACACCUCCUUAACACAGCUUCUCCGCGAACGAUCAGUAUCGAUAGGAAAAAAAUAUCCUCUGGAACCCAGGGUACCCCCGGGGUAGCCCCGUUCAGAGUCGAUCUUUGAUCUUAUAGAAGGGGAUCAUUGUUUAGUGGUGGAUCCACCUCUCCCCCUUUAUUCAAACCUUGGGAUAAGGCAGGCGGGACAAACUCAAUAAGGGCCGGCAUUGGCCCGUGCGCCGUCCCAAGAUCAGCCGUCACUCUUGACACAAAUGAUACCCCUGCAACUUGGGGACUCACUUCUACAGAAUGAGCAAAGUUCACCUAGUCCACGAUUCUCUAGAUAAAAACAAAAGGAAUCUUAAUACAUUUUUUUCCUGGAUUAGUUCAUUUUAAGGGUAAACUCUGUGGCAACCUCGUCCCCAGGGUUUUUCCCUUUCCUUUAGUACGAAUUACAUUAGUUUGGGUUUCGGCACACUCCAGUGUUAUAACAGACGGCUUAGGGUCUGAGUUCCUUUGAGAUGAUCCGAGAUCAUCGUGGAUUAAACCAACCGAUGAAUCGUUGUCCAGAGUGGAUUCAUCGGUUCAUUUGAUCUACCAUGAUCCGAGUGAUCUUGGAUCACUGACCCUGAUCCGGAUCAUCCCAAAGGAACGCACCCUUAGAUUCUAUGAAGUCUAUAAAGACGAGCAAUAGCGACAAGGAGAAAGAAUUUAUCCCAGCUAGUACUAAGUAGAGCGCACGCGUGAACCUACGUGAUUUAGGCGGGAAAAUGCGAUAGCCGUCGUCAUUCUACUACGAGUUUUAGCGAGAAUAUUCUAUUCUCUAAAAUACAACCUCGUUCCCAGGGUUCUCUGCUACGCGUCCCUACGGAGCGAGAGAGAGAGAACCUGGGAACGAGAUUGUCUAAAAUAGACGCCCCGGAAAGCUUCAAUGUACUCUUUUUCAACACCAAAGUCAGCACGCUUAUUUCCGUUGAAGAAGGUUAAGCCCUAACAUUCGAUAACUUGUAUUCUCGCGAAAAAGACCUCGUAGUAGACUGACAAAGGCUACCACAUUUUCUCGCCAAAAUGACGUUGUUUCGCGCGCGUACACUACUUAGUAUUGAGAAAAUCUUGUUCCCGUAGUCGUCCUUGUCUAAGAAUCUAAAGAUCUCUACUGUAGUACGUGGCGAAAACAAGUUAUUAAAUUUUAGGAAUUUUAUCAUUUAGCGAUCGGGAGAGGUCUUUAACUCCUUCAACGAAAGUAAUCACAGAGAUAACUUUCAUGGUGAAAAAAAAAAACAAAAAAAAACAAACAAACAGGGGCACCCAACGACUGUUUUCUGUAAAAUAUCUGUUCGGAGAGGCAAAUAUUGCCUAGAAUUUUCUAUUACUUGAGGACGGCUAAAAAUUUCUAGAUGACUGUUCCAUUCAUGUACAACCUUAGAAGCUUUUGCAAUAAAUCCGUUACGAUUUUCUGAAGUUUAAUUUUUCACAUUUUACUCCCCAGGUUGGCUAUUUUUCGUAGUAAAUAAGAAACCUAAAAAUUUCUGAUUCAAAAAUGCGAUGUAGAGAAGAAUUAGAAAAUUCUCACUUUCGUAAAACGUUAAAUUACAUCUAAAAGUUUCGGGAAAGUAAUGCCCUAAUGAUUUCAAACAGACUCAAAUUGCCGUAGGAUGACCGAACAGAUACAAAUUUUAUAGCGCCGCUUAUAAUGCAUUUCUAGAGACCUAAAAGUUCUCUGGAUAGCCUAAAAAGUGUUUUAAAUGAGUUUUUAGGAGGAACCAUCGUUGGGUGCCCCUAAAAGAAGGCUACUCUUGAAGCUUUCCGGAGUGUCUACUUUUGGAGAAUAGACGAGAAAACUUAAGUUGAAAUGUCGUCCUUGUGGUCGUCCAAAUAGUACCGCAACAUUUCAGGGCUCGACCUCUGCUAUUCUAUGGUGCGGGGAAGCACAUCCGCUCACCGUGGCGUUGGGCUCGUCUUCUAUAACGGUCCGUAUAACUAACCGCUGGUACCAUUCCCGUGCUUCAUCUCAUUCUCGUUACGGAAACAACUUUAUCAAUCGGUGAACCUUGUCUGAUCGUGUUCACUUAUUACAAUACUGCAAGGUUAAUUCUUCGGCGCGCUCAGUGGUAGGUUUCUACCUCUUAAAUUGUCAAAGCAUUAGAAACAAACGUGCUUAUCUCAAUCAGUGAUGACUUUAAGCCAGAUACUGUGUAGCAAGAAAUUUUUGUGGGUUAUAAUUUUUGCGAUUUUUACAGCGAUCCGCAAAAAUAAGUUCCCGCAAAUAAAAAUUACCACAGACAUUUUUCCCGGAAAAAAUUUACUCCAGAGUAAGUAUUCUCUAACUUAAAUUCGCUACACAAAAUUACAGUGCUAAGAAAUCGUGCCUGUUCAAGUACAACUUGUCUCUUGUUCAGAAACCAAGCGGUAUACGAUGAAAUACAUUUAUACUGGUUUUACCGUAGUAUUUGUUAGCGGUAACCGUUAGAGAGAAUGUAUGCGAACCGCUAAAAUUGGGCCUGAUCUCAGGUUAUAAUUUAUGUAUUUCUAGUUGCACGAACUCAAUAAAAACAAUUAUCAGUGCUAUAGGUUUUGUAAAAAUUGCGAAAAUUAAUUCCCAGCAAGAAAAGCAAAUCUGCCCUAAUCGCAAAAAAUUAGUUGAUGAUGAUGAUGAUACCUUUAUUAAAGUGUCAAACUGUAAUAGCGGUAUAUAACCACUAAGUGGGGACACUAAAAUAAAUUUUAAAAAAUAAAUCAAUUAAUAAAUUAAUUAAAAAUUAAGAAAAACUAUGUACAGUAUAAGCAAGUGAGAAAUUCGAGAGAACUAUAUACAAUAUGUACAAAUGUAUCCAUUACUUAUAAAAAAAAAAAAAAAAAAAAGAAAUAAAAGAUUAAGAAGUGCAAAGAGAGCAGUUAGAGCAGUUAUUGUCAUCUAAUAGCAUGCUAAGAUCCACUUUUCUGAUGUUAUAUUUGAAGGAGGACAACGUGGAAGCUUUUUUCACAUUACUAGGAACAGAACUCCAAACCCUUGGGCCCAUAUACCUGAGCGAGUGCUUUCCAAAGGAGACUGUGUUGAAUCUGGGUAUAGUGAAGUCAUGAUUGCGCAGUUCAUACUUAAUUGCAGGCUGUUCAAAGAGAGUGCUAAUGUAUGCUGGGCACAUGUUGUUUUUAACUUUAUACAUGAGAAUAGCUAUGUCCUGUAGUCGCCGGUUGUGUAGAGUAGAUAUCCCAGCCAUAGAUAGUAAUUGACCAUAGGACGAAUGUUUAUCACAAUAUAUAGCCCUAAGUGCUCUUUCCUGGAUACGCUCUAGUCGUCUAGAAUCACUAGCACGGCAAAAAUGCCAUAUAAGGUGACAGUAGGUUAAAUACGGGAGAACAGCUGCCUUAUAUAACUGUAACUUAGUUUGUGUGGGUAUAAGGUUCCUGAGCCUCAUGAGAACGCCUACCCGCUGGGCGCUCUUCUUAGAGAUACUACUUAUAUGUUCAUCAAAACGAAGAUUGUUAUCAAUACAGACACCUAAUAGCUUGAGACAUUCAGUGGAUCUGACUUCAUGAUUGUCAAUCAUAAUACUGUCCAUAGACUUCCUUCCGCAACCAAGUGCCAUUGUCUGGUACUUGUCCAAAUUUCCCUUUAGUAAAUUAGCUCUGUACCAUGAAGAUGCUGACUCAGCGCAAACAGCAAGAUCAUCAUGCACAUCAGAGAGGGUGCUGCGAACGACAUAAAACUGGUGGUCAUCUGCAUACAUAUUCAUGUUCGCAUCAACAGUAUAAGUCAAAUCGUUUUGGAAGAUGUUCCAGAUGAGAGGUCCAAAUGCAGAACCCUGUGGGCAUCCCCUGGUCACCCUCUGCCACUCGCUCACUACAGAUCCUAGCUUGACCCUGUUAUAACGGUCUGUGAAGUAGGAGCCCAUCAAUCGCAGACUUCUUUCCUCAACACCAUAAGCUUUAAGUUUUGCAAGUGUAAGUGGAUGGUAAAGUGAAUCGAAGGCUUUGCUCAUGUCCGUGGAGAGAACACCCACAACGUUAUGCUCAUCCAGAGCGAAUUUCCAAUUCUCAGUCAAAGAUAAGAGAGCUGUCUCACAGCUAUUGUUUUUCCUGUAAGCUGUUAGUUUGUCGCACAGUUUGUUAUUAAAACCAUAACUGAGUUGCUUGCUGAGUAAUUGUUCAAAGAGUUUGUUUACAGUAACUUGUACAGUUAUGGGUCUGUAGUUUCCCAUUUUAUGGGGAUCUUCCUUCUUAAAAACGGGUGUCCAUUCACCCCUUUUCCAUCCCAAGGGCCACUCUCCGAGGGUUAUGCAUGAAUUAAAUAGUGACGUCAAUGGAUUUGUUAGCUCAGUAGCUCCAAGCUUGAGCGCCAUGGGAGGGAUGCCGUCCCAGCCUGUACUCUUCCUUACAUUGACGUUUUGCAGCGCCUUUUCAACUUCAAAACUCUGAAGAUUCUGAAACUGGAAGCCUUGAUAUCCUGUCAUCUUCUGCGUAAUAUUCUGGACACUAGGGUGGGUGGCGAGAACUUUGUCAUCAACCGCACUGGUGUCUCCAAUCCCAUCAGCCACAGUAGCAAAAUAUUCACACAAGUGAUUAGAAACCGCACAUUGGUCUCUACAGAUGGUCCCAUUGAUACUUAGGCUGAGCUCAUUUGUGUUGACCUUGUGCUUAUCAGUCAGAAAGGGCAUAAAUGUCUUAUAGAACUCACUCGGCUUGCACUUAAGCUUAGUGGCUUGCUCUUUCCAAUAUGUCCUUAUUGCCUUUCUCCGGAGUCGGGUGGCCUCGUUUCUGGUUAUCCGCCUAGCUUCCCAGUUCUCACUGGUUUGUUCCUUGAGAUACUUUUUUGCUGCCCUCCUCUUAGCUCUUAUGGCACCUUUCCAUUCUUUAGUCAUGUAUGGAACAUCCUGAGCCCUAACCCGCAUCUUCUUCGUAGGCAUAUGUGUAUUGACAAUACUGGACAGAAGCAUUUCCAUAAAAUUUGCCUUGUCGUCACAUGAAUUGAAAAUUUCACUAACAUGCCAUGGAGCAUACAUUAGAUCUUCUUUGUAUUUCUCCACAUCAAAAUCCUUUAGAGAUUUAAAUGUUACAAUCUUGCCUUUCUGGUGUUUUACCGUCUCAUUCAGGAAUCCAUAAAUAAGUCCGUGGUCACUGAGCGCAGGAUCAUGUACCCCACAAUUCUCAAAUAGUUCCGGGUGGUUAGUGAGAAUAACAUCGAUCAAGCUCUUAGUGAUAAGAGAGCCUCUCAUUUGUAUUCGAGUGGGUUCAGUUACCAUACAUUCGAGGCCCUGUUCCACCUCAAGAUCAAGAAGAAGCUUUCCUUCAGGGCUGCUGGGUUCCAUCCUGUUCAGGUUUAGGUCGCCUGUUAUUAUAACCGUCGGAUAUUGAAGGCUAGCCCAGUUGGCAAUAUGACUUAAUUCCUCCUCAAGUAGAAGUCUGUAUUUACCAGUAAGCUUCUUAGGCGGUCUGUAGAUAACCAGUAUAAUGGCAUUUCUCGAUUUGAGGCCAAUCUCCAAGGCCAAAGGCUCAAUAGUUUUAUAACACCUGUCAAAGGUGACUCUCUUGGAGAGUAUCUUAGAUGAGACAAACAAGAGAACACCACCUCCACCCUUUUUUCGGUCAUUUCGGUGCAAGUAGUACCCUGGUAUUAGGAACUGGGAGUCUGGGUAUGAACGAUCAAUUUUAGUCUCACUGACAGCCAUAAUUUGCACCUUAUUAUUGAUAAUAAUAUCUUUCAGCUCAUCAAAUUUGUUCUGAAUGCUGUUUAUAUUUAGGUGACAUAAUAACAUGCCCUUGGCAUUUUUCUGCCUUGCCGCAUUUAGUAGGUCGGGACCAGUAAAUGUGUUAGGUGUAGUUCCAUUUUCUCCCUGAUCAGUCAGUGUGAUGUUAUUUGUGUCAAGAUCAGUAUCCGAAAAACAGGCCUCGUUGAGCAUCUCAGCAUCCGAACACCUGUAGAAUGGCAGAGCCGCCCAUGUGCAUCUAUUGCAUAGCCAGAUGUUCACCAUUGAUUUCCCGUAGUUCCCGCAAAACACGAAAAAUCGCCAUUCCGCAAAAAUAUACACGAACAAAAAUUUCCUGUUACGCGGUAUCAUUACCAGAACUGAAUCGUGGCUUACUGCAGACAUCAAGAACAGUGAGAUCUUUCCACCUCGGGCUACUUCAUAUUUAGGAAAGAUAGAAUGUCUGGUGCUCGUGGCGGAGGUAAAUUUCAAGCAAUAAAAUUUGAUUUGCUUUCUUUCUCUGUAGCCAGAGUUUGACUCUGAAUACAAAUGUAUUUGGACUAAAUGCCAGUUUAAAGGUAACAAGGCUUUGAUUCUAGGACCUUUUUACGAUCGAUUCCAACGGCAGUAUCGAGGCCUUCGAAGGAUAAAAGCGACAGUUAACAUAAGCCUGAAAACUGGCGACAUGGCACUUUGUGAACAGCGAAAGCGACUGUAACCCUAGAAUGUGCGACAGCGGCACUUAAAACGGUAAAAAAGAGGCAAGCUUUACAAAUAAGUACAGAAUCUAAAAGGACCUAUUUCUUCAGUAACAGGUAGCCUACGCAGAAAGCAUUUCCGUGUAGUUUCGGAGCAAAGAACAAGAAACGAGAUUCAAACUCCACGCAAAAAAUUAGGCUUGUUCUCGUUCCAUUUCUUGCCCGGCCAAAUCUGAAAAUCCUGUUCCUCGGUCUUUCUUUGCUCUGAAACCAAACGGAAACGCUUGCUAUGGAGGUUAAGUAAUAGUCGACUGCAAGAAUUAUAGCUGGUUUAUAUCUAUGACUUAUAUAGUUAACCACCACCAGGGGACCCGUUAUCCGGUUCAUGAAAUAAGGUGGGUUUGGAAGAUGGUGAUGGCUUUAAUUUUGACGUUGGUCGAACUUCAAAAGCUGCUGAAAAGUUGACGUGCCCAAUUUAUAUACAUGCCUGCCACAUCUUUGCUAUCCUUUACUUCUGCCGAUUAAAUAGGCUUAAUAAAGAUGUUAUUUUAAACAUGGAAUUACUGCUUUGUCUGGUAUGGUCCUAUUUGUUGCUCUUUAUGCGAAAAAGUUUGUAAUUCAAACAGAGAAUGGGUGACCUGUGCCAAAUCCGCGAAGACACUAGGUACUAGAUUGAGAAACGUAGCCGUACUCGAGAGGACGGGAAGGUUGACGACCCACAGUGCAAGCUACGUAUACGUUGUAAUCAGAAAGGUGCAACCGCUACAAUGGCCACUCUUGAUGAUAACUGGCAGACAAAACGUUCGACUAUAUGCGAGAGAACCAAAUUUAUUUUCAAUAACGAAUUAUUAAGUGAUGUGAAGUUCGUAGUUCCUGCAUCGCAGAACGAAAGUGAAAGGCGGAAGAGUCAGAAGUGCAUUCCAGCUCACAAGUUUAUACUUGCAAUCAGCAGUCCUGUUUUCUAUGCCAUGUUCUACGGUGAAAUGGCAGAGACUGCAGGCACUAUUCAAUUACCUGACUGUGAUUAUGAGAGUGUCUUAGAGUUGUUUCGUUUUCUGUACAGCGAUGAAGUGAACUUAAGCGGAAAUAAUGUCAUGCAAAUUCUCUACUUGGCAAAGAAAUAUCUGGUACCUUCACUCGCUGAUAAGUGUACAGAAUAUCUUCAGGAGCAUCUAGCGGCGUCGAAUGUGUUCUCUGUUCUGCCGCAAGCUCAGAAAUUUGAGGAUAAAGAUUUGGAAGAACGGUGCUGGGAAGUAAUUGAGGCGCAAACCGAGAAUGCUCUGAAUUCAGAAGAAUUUGUCACGCUUUAG